AGGAGCUACCCCAGAUGCCCAUGCACAAGGGCAAAGAAAAUGCUCGUAAAGGGGGUGGCUAUAAUGGUGGCCAAGACAAAGGUCAGACUAUCCCUAGUGGUGCUGAGGGAAUUCCUCAAGGAGAGCAAGGCCCAGCUGGGCCACCUGGACCAGAGGGACCUGCAGGACCUCCUGGGCCUCCAGGUAAUGGACAGCCUGGACCUGUGGGACGACCCGGACCUCCAGGUCCACCAGGAGGGCCUGGAGUGGGAAACCCAGGUUUACCAGGACUGGCAGGCAAGCCAGGAGGAAAUGGUGAAAAUGGACCACAAGGAGAAAUGGGCCCUAGGGGUGAAGAAGGGCCAGCUGGGCAGCCAGGAACUCAGGGUCCCCCAGGGCCACCUGGGCUACCAGGAAUAGGUAAACCAGGGGCCCAGGGAUUUCCAGGUCAACCAGGGCCCAAAGGAGAGCCAGGUCAUAAAGGUCUGCCAGGACUACCAGGAUUACCGGGACCCAAAGGAGACAAAGGGAUGGGCCAGCCAGGACAACCUGGUCACAAAGGGCUCCCAGGGCCCUCAGGACCUGCUGGCCCAAGAGGGCUGCCUGGUUUUGGAAAACCUGGCUUGAAUGGGGCACCAGGGCCCCAAGGACCACCAGGAGAGAAAGGACAUCCUGGAGAGCUAGGACCAGCUGGGCCACCGGGUGAAGGAGGACAGCCUGGCCCACCAGGUCUACCUGGUCAAGGAAAGCCAGGUCAAAAUGGCCUGCCAGGACAACCAGGCAUGCCAGGUGGGAAAGGUCAUCCAGGACCGCCAGGUUUGCCAGGAAAGCCAGGACUUCCUGGAUUUGGUAAGCCAGGACUCCCAGGACCAAAGGGUGAUAAAGGUAUGGGUGGGUCACCUGGACUUCCAGGACCAAAAGGAGAUAAGGGCCAUGGAGGACUACCUGGUAUGCUUGGACCCCCUGGACCAAAUGGUCCAUCAGGUCCUCCAGGCCCUAUGGGAACCCCAGGAGGUUUAGGUGCACCUGGUCCUAAAGGAGACUGUGGAGAAGGAGGACCUAAAGGGCUUGACGGAGCCCAGGGUGACCCUGGUCCCUCUGGGAUACCUGGUAAGGAUGGUCUGCCUGGAGAGAAUGGAGAGCCAGGACCGAGAGGUCCACCAGGACCAAUUGGUGCCAAAGGAGACAGUGGACAUAAAGGUCUACCUGGUAUACCUGGUUCUCCGGGACUUCCUGGGCCAAAAGGACAAAGUGGAUUACCUGGUGAAGUGGGACCUCAAGGUCCUAAAGGAAUCCCUGGAAUGGAUGGCACAGCAGGACCAAUCGGACCUCCUGGUCUUCCGGGGACAAAAGGAGAUAGCGGACUACCUGGUCAACCAGGCAUUGCAGGUGAGGGAAAUCCAGGUCUUCCUGGUCCCAUAGGACCCCCAGGGAAAGAGGGCCCAUCAGGACCCCCGGGUCAACCAGGGCAGCCUGGCCUUCCUGGACCACCAGGUUCACCUGGUCUGUCUGAUGACAUGGCUGGAGUGCUCUCUGUGAUGGGCCCUGGAGUAGAUGGUGUUAAGGCUGGUAGUUAUGGUAAGAAGGGCAAGUAUGGAGGCAAUGGGGCUGAAGUAAUGGGUGCCAGUGGGUUGGAGAUGCCAGCAUUUACAGCUGUAGUAACAAAUCCCUUUCCCCCUGUGGGCACUCCAGUUGUUUUUGAUAAGCUCUUGUACAAUGGUCGCCAAAACUACAACCCCGAGACAGGUAUCUUCACCUGUGACAUGCCUGGCAUUUAUUACUUUGCCUACCACGUUCAUUGCAAAGGAGCUAAUGUGUGGGUGGCUUUGAUGAGGAACAAUGAGCCAGUAAUGUAUACAUAUGAUGAAUACAAAAAGGGUUUCCUAGAUCAAGCAUCAGGGAGUGCAGUACUACCUCUACAACCUGGGGACACUGUGUAUAUUCAGCUGCCCUCAGAUCAGGCUGCAGGACUUUAUGCUGGACAGUAUGUGCACUCCUCCUUUUCUGGUUAUUUGUUAUAUCCGAUGUAA